AGCGGAGGAAUGGCGGGCGGCGCUGAAGCUCCUCUACUGUUAUCCUGUUGGCAGAGCUGCGGAUAAGCCCCCUAAGUACAGGGAAGCAAGGGAUGGGCUCUGCAAACAGUCCAUGCGGCGGGGAGUAGUAGUAGUAGCGGCGGUUGAUGUUUUGGCAGUCAUUUUCCAGAAGAAACUUUGAUCCAGUGGAGGUUUCCAUGAACUGAAAGGGGGGUUACCCAGUGAACAUUUUGGUGACAUUGGAUGGGAAGGACCUCCAUACUUGGUGCUGAACAUUACAGCAGCAGCAUGGAAUGAUGCCAUGUACAAAUGAUUCUUACGCCAGUGAUAUAACAUAUAAAGGGCCUUGAGAAAUUGAUCAGCAGAGAUGUUGCUAUGAGGAACUAAACUUUCCAAAUUAAUAUGAAGAACUUUUCACAAUGAAUAAAGGAAAAAUGGCAUCGGAAAAAAGCCUAGCAAACAAUUCUCGGAUUGUGAGUUUGUUGUCACAACUGGAGAAAAUCAAUGCAGAAUGUUUGGUGGAAGCAGACACUGCCAGAUAUGUUACAUCAAAGAUUCUUCACCUGGCUCAAAGUCAAGAAAAAAUCAGGAAGGAAAUGACUGCAAAAGGUUCAACUGGAAUAGAAGUUAUUCUCUCAACUUUAGAGAAUACGCGAGAUCUUCAGACUACACUAAAUAUCUUGAACAUCUUAAUUGAGUUGGUGGCAGUAGGUGGCAGCAGAAGAACCAAUGUUCUUGUUUCUAGAGGAGGAACACAGAUUUUAUUGCAAUUGCUUGUGAAUGUCUGUAAAGAAUCCCCACCAAAUGAAGAAUUAAUGGUGCUGCUUCAUUCUCUUCUUGCAAAAAUUGGUCCAAAAGAUAGAAAAUUUGGAGUAAAAGCCAGAGUUAAUGGUGCUUUGAAUAUAACUCUUAACAUAGUGAAACAGAACCUGCAGAAUCAAAGGCUAAUAUUGCCCUGUCUCCAAGUGUUACGAGUCUACUCAACUAAUUCUGUAAAUGCUGUAUCCUUGGGUAAGAAUGGAGCCGUGGAAUUGAUAUUUAAGAUAAUUGGUCCUUUUAGCAAGAAGAACACUGGUCUUAUGAAGGUUGCUUUAGACACCCUUGCUGCAUUGCUAAAAUCAAAAACAAAUGCUCGGAAAGCCGUAGACAGAGGUUAUGUCCAAAUGCUUUUGACAAUUUACGUAGACUGGCACCGUCAUGAUAGCCGGCAUAGACACAUGUUGAUCCGCAAAGGAAUUUUGCAGUCUAUUAAAAGCAUUACAAACAUCAAGUUGGGAAGAAAAGCAUUCCUUGAUGUUAAUGGGAUGAAAGUUCUGUACAACACUUCACAAGAAUGCCUUGCAGUAAGGACGCUUGAUCCACUAGUCAACACAUCCAGUCUAAUAAUGAGAAAAUGUUAUCCUAAAAAUCGUCUUCCGGUACCAACCAUUAAAAGUGCUUUCCAUUUCCAACUUCCUGUUAUCCCUAUUAAUGGACCUGUGUAUCAGCUUUAUAGUUUGCCUCCUGAAGUGGAUGACGUAGUAGAUGAAAGUGAUGACAAUGAUGACAUCGAAACAGAGUCUGAGAUUGAAAACGAUAAUGAAGAUGACAUAGAUCGACAUUUUAAGAAUGAUGAUAUAGAGACUGAUAUCAACAAAUUGAAACCAAAGCAGGAAUUGGGGCGAUCGGUGGAAGAUUUGAAGCUGUAUGAACAAUUCUUCCCAGAACUUAUAGAGGACUUCCAGGAAUGUGACCUUGUUUUCAAGGAACCAAAGCCUUUUUCAACCAAUAUAACAUUAGGAGGGCCUAUUGUUGUUCCUACUGCUGGAGAGGAACAGUCUUCAGCAAAUGCUGCAACAGAAAUUCCUGUGAAGGAGGGGCAUCCUCUACAAACAGAGGACUGUAACAAAAGGCCAAUCUUUUUGGGUCUGGUAAGCAAUGAUAGUAACAUGGACAACAGCUUACAGAAUCAAAAUGAUCACAUGAAAUUGCAUUCAUCAUGCCAGUUCCUAAACCAUGAAAUAGUUAAAGACUUUGACAGGAUUACAUUGCAAAAUACUUCCAAAAAUGAACACUCUUACAGUACAAGGGCCAUGACCAAAAAACAGUGUAAAACUAGCCUUAGUGAAAUUACCUGUAAUAAACAUUUUCAACAUGUUUCGUCCUGUGGAAGUGUGUUGUUUGAGGGACAGUCUGUCCAACUUGGAAAGCUGUGCUGUUCUGGAGCUGAUCCUGAAGAGGAGGAAGUUUCCUGUUCAGUUUCUCUGGGAGAGCAAGUGAUGCUUGAGGUGCCUGAUACGUUACAACUCCAUGACUCAGAACUUUAUAUUGAGAUAGUGAAAAAUACGAAGUCUGUUCCUGAAUAUUCAGAAGUGGCUUAUCCUGACUAUUUUGGACACUUUCCACCUCCAUUUAAAGAGCCCAUUCUUGAAAGGCCUUAUGGUGUGCAGAGGAAGAAGAGAAUGGCUGCCAGUCACAUGCGAACUCUGAUGACAAAAAUUGCCCAAGAUAUUGAAAGGCUGAUUCAUCCUAAUGAUAUUAUAGACAGAGUUGUGUAUGAUCUUGAUAAUCUCAGCUAUCUAGUGCCAGAUGAAGGAGACAUCCUGAAGUUUAACUCCAAAUUUGAAUCAGGAAAUUUACGCAAAGUUAUUCAGAUCCGAAAAAAUGAGUAUGAUCUCAUUCUGAACUCUGAUAUAAACAGCAAUCAUUAUCAUCAGUGGUUUUACUUUGAAGUCAGCGGAAUGCGGGCAGGCAUUGCUUACCGAUUUAAUAUAAUCAACUGUGAAAAGACAAACAGUCAGUUUAAUUAUGGUAUGCAACCCCUCAUGUACUCUGUUCAAGAAGCAUUAAGUGGCAGACCGUGGUGGACUCGUGUAGGAACUGAUAUUUGUUACUACAAGAAUCACUUUUCAAGAAGUUCAAUUGCAGCUGGAGGUCAGAAGGGAAAAUCCUACUACACAAUUACCUUCACUGUCAGUUUCCUACACAAGGACGAUGUUUGUUACUUUGCUUACCAUUAUCCAUAUACUUACUCAGCUUUAAUGAUGCAUCUCCAAAAAUUGGACUCUACACACAAUCCUCAGCAGUUAUAUUUUCGACAAGAUGUUUUGUGUGAGACUCUGUCUGGAAACAGCUGCCCUGUAGUAACUAUAACAGCCAUGCCAGAAUCAAAUUACUACGAACAUAUCUGUCAGUUCAGAAAUCGUCCUUAUAUUUUCUUAUGUGCUCGUGUUCAUCCUGGAGAGACGAAUGCAAGUUGGGUUAUGAAGGGAACGUUGGAAUAUCUCAUGAGUAAUACUCCUGCUGCCCAUAGCUUACGCGAAUCCUAUAUUUUUAAAAUUGUACCGAUGCUUAAUCCCGAUGGGGUCAUCAAUGGAAAUCAUCGUUGUUCUUUAAGUGGGGAGGACUUGAACAGACAAUGGCAAAACCCAAACCCAGAUCUGCACCCCACAAUUUAUCACGCAAAAGGCCUGCUGCAGUAUUUGGCUGCUAUAAGACGUUUGCCACUGGUUUUUUGUGAUUAUCAUGGUCAUUCUCGCAAGAAAAAUGUGUUUAUGUAUGGCUGCAGCAUCAAGGAAACAAUGUGGCAUACUAAUCUUAGUGCUGCUUCUUGUGAUGUGAUUGAAGACCUUGGUUAUAGGACUCUUCCUAAGAUUCUAAGUCAGACAGCCCCAGCAUUCUGCAUGAACAGCUGCAGUUUUGUGGUAGAAAAGUCCAAGGAAUCUACAGCACGUGUUGUUGUCUGGAGAGAAAUAGGUGUUCAGAGGAGCUACACCAUGGAAAGCACUUUAUGUGGAUGUGACCAGGGAAAAUACAAGGGCUUACAAAUUGGGACACGUGAACUAGAAGAGAUGGGAGCCAAGUUCUGUUCUGGUUUAUUGCGUUUAAAAAGAUUGACAUCACCAUUAGAGUACAAUCUGCCAUCUACUCUCUUGGACAUUGAAAAUGAAUUGAUUGAAUCCAGUUGUAAAGUGACAAGCCCCACUACAUAUGUUCUGGAAGAAGAUGAACCUCGCUUUCUUGAAGAAGUGGAUUAUAGUGCAGAUAGUAAUGAUGAGCCAGAUACUGAGUUGGCAAACAAUGCUGGUGACUAUGAGCCCAGUCUUCAAGAAGAUGGACUUUCUGACUCUGAAAUUACAAGGACGCAUUUGCCUUGAGACAUCCUUGGAGCACAAAGAAGAAAUUAAAUACUGUGGCUCAUGGAAGAUGGGCAUGACAGGGUAUUUAAUUUUGGGGUUUUGUUUAAGCAAAUUAAAUGCAGUCAGUCCAGUUCAAAAACAAUACAUGUCUCUGGCUUUUAAAUGAAUUUAUACUUGUUUUAUUUAAAUAAUUUAGUUCUUAUCCUUAACACUGAUAUUGCUUUGUCACUGGAUUGCCUGUUAAAUAUUGUUGCAUGGCUUUUUUGUGUUCAUCCCUAUAAUUACCAAAAAAAUUAAGAAGGUAUUGGUGAGUGAGAAGACAGGAGCUAAACCUUAUGACACUACUAGUGACAGCUUCUAGUGACACCACUAUGACAGCAACUAAGCUGGUUUCUAAAACUCACAUAAAUAGAGCUUUAUUGAUUUUUGUGUGUGUGUUUGCGCUGACAUUCUUCCCCUUCAGAUUUUUUUGUUUGUGUUUAACACAGUACAGGGCUUGCUCUGAACUAGUUAAUUUUGCACUUAACUGAUUAAAAGAAAAAUGGAUGUACUAAUUGAUGUAUAUCUUGAGCCUUAAAUAAAAUGUAAUUACAUGGUUUUACUAUCAGAAUUUCUUAAUUCAAAAAAAAAAUUGUUUUGCACAGUGGUUCCUUUUGCCAGGUAAAAGCUUUGGUAGUCUUACAAACACAAAAACCUGUGUCUGUCCUCUAACACUCUAAACAAGUGGGGGUUCACAUGGAUGAACGCUUUGCCAUAUAAAAAUGGUUACUGCACUUAGUAAAUCACCAAAGUGGAGAAGGCUAGGCAUGAAUCUCUUCUUCAUGACAUAAGUUUUCUAUGUGCAGCAAUCUGGGGAUUUUGUAUGGAGGAGCAUUCAGUCAUUUGCCUUACUCUCACAUGCAGUUUGAAGUGGUAUGGUCCAGACAUAAGUUUGUCAUCUGCUUUUUGUGAGAAUUAGACUUUCCAUGACCUAUGUGUUUUAUAUAAAAUUCAUAAGGACAUACUCAAGUUCCUCCUGCAGUAAACAUGAAAAUUGGAGAAAACAUAUUUUAUUAGCCAUAUGUAUAAAUAUCUAUUUGUAUGUAUUAUACAGCCACGAGAGUGGCUGUAUACUAUAGCCAGCAUAGAUUUUUCACAUUCCGCAAUGUUAAACAGAAAAUAUCCCCCAUGCCAUUCUGAGGCUUCCCAUAAGCUCAUUUCAAAACAAAACCUUACAAAACUUAUAGUCCUGAACUCAGAAACGCUUGCUUAACAACCCUGUCAAUUUUCAUGGUGAUACACAAAACAGUCAGAGAGAAUAGAGAGUUCGAAGUGUAAAAAGAGAAAAAAAUCCCAGAGCCCUUUUGGACUUUUUUCUGUCAGAGUUCUCAUAAUCUGUUGAAAUUAAUUAAGAAUCAGCCGUGUUCACAGAGUACCUGUAAUCCUAAUACUGGCCUUGCCCCAUACUUUGACCUUCAUCUUCUGCAGUUUAAAAGUUAAAAAAAUGUCUGGCUGAUCUUUAAUUAAUUUAAGAAAUUUUGGGUGGAACCCAAUGAUAACGUGGGGCAUGCUCAGUAAGAACCAACUGUCAGUAUUCUAAAAGCCAGACUCAGCUGUUUGGCUUGCCUAAUCGGGCCCACACCUACACCAGACUUUGAUUUCACUUGAGACAAUCAUGGCUUCCCUCAGAGAAUCCUGGGCAAUGUAGUUUGUGAAGGGUGUUGAGAUGAGACUCCUGUUCCACUGAGAGAGCUUCAGUGACCAGACAGGUUUAACAGUCGGCCACUAUGAAGGUCUGUGAGGGGAACAGGGCGUCUUCUAGCAACUCUCAGCACCCUUCACUAACUACACUUCCCAGGAUUCUUUGAGAGAAGCCAUGACUGCCCAAAGUGAAAUAAAGGCCUGGUGUGGAUGUCGCCAAGGACAGCUUUGGUUUAAAUUUGGGUGUGAGGCUACAUGUGCCUGUUGUAGAAUAAAAAGGUGGGGGAAAGGCUGAAACACAGUGAUACUGUUGACAAUGUUUUCCUUUUGAAAAGGAAAGGGGCUUCCCCUCUGCCCAGUGCCCACCCACCCAAUCUCCGUUUCCUCCCUGCCUCUCCCCUAGGUCAGUGUUCGACUACAACCUAGGAGACCAGGAUGUGAAUCUCCACACAGCUGUGAAGCACACUGGGUAACCUUGGGCUAGUCACUGCCUCUCAGCCUCAGAGGAAGGCAAUGGUAAAACUACCUCUGGAUACCGUUUACCAUGAAAACCCUAUUCAGACGGUCACCCUAAGUCCGGUCAACUUGAAGGCAGUCCAUUUCCAUUUUUAAACAUGAUUGCACAGAAAUAAAUGCCAUCGAACUCAAGUAUGCAAAUGAUCAAAAAAAACCCUCCCUUCUCCUCCUAUUCCUUCCCUCUUGCCCCUUCCUCCCCAUGGUCAGUUUUAUUUUAUUUAUUUAUUUAUUUAUUGUAUUUGUAUAUCGCCCCAUAGCCGAAGCUCUCUGGACGGUUACAGCAACUAAAAACACCAAAAACAGAUAUACAUAUUUAAAACACAUCUUUUAAAAACAAUUUAAAAACACAAGCUAAAAUGCCUGGGAGAAGAGGAAAGUCUUGACAAACAUAAAACAAAGAUAAGUUUUACCUGUCUUAAGCAUAAUUGCAUGGAAGUAAAUACCACUGAACUCUAUAAGCUUGCAAAUGAUGAAACCUGCCCACCCCUUCCUUUGCCCCCUCCAAUACGCUCCUUCUCCCUCCUCCUCCCCCCUGGUCAGUUUUACCUAUCCUAAGCAUGAUUGCCUAAGCAUGAUUUGAGAUGUUUUGUAUUUUUAUAUUCUGUUGUUCACCGCCCAGAGAGCUAAUGCUAGUCGGGUGGUAUAUAAAUCUAAUAAAAUAAAUAAAUAAAUAAUAAAUGAUUGCAUGGGAGUAAAUCACACUGAACUCAAUAAACAUGCAAAUGAUCAAACCUGUCCUUCUCCCACCCCUCCUGCUUGCUCCCAUCCCAGUCCUCCCCUCUGUGUUACCUCCCCUCUGUGUUACCUCCCCUCCCUCCUCCUCCCCUCCUCAUUCCCUGUGGACAACUUUAAAAAGCAGGGAAAUUGGGCAGCUUUAGUGAAU